AUGCCUGGACGACAAGAAAAUCAGGACAACGAGGAAGACCCGGACCCGGACCAUGUGGCAGCCGAAGCGAGGCGGCACAGGCACGCGCUGCUCCUACUCGUCGAGACCCUCCGGAAAAGUCACCCGUCCGAAACGUUUGAGCUUAUCAACGCCAUCAAGAACUCCCAAUCUGUGCCAGAGGCUGCUGAACUGUUGAUGCAAAUGUCAGAUGCGAAGACAUCGGGAGAGGCCAAUACAAGAGAAUCUGGUUCACGCACCCAGUGA